AUGUGGGAAGGUCUGGUUAAGGACACCUCAGUCAAGUGGCUGACAAAGAGGCGGAGUGGUUUCGAAGAGGAGAUUGAGGAAAUCAGAGAUUCUCCAUCCAACUGGAUAUCCGGCCUCUCUCCCGUCGCAAACGUGGUGGUCCGCAGAUGCUCCAAAAUUCUUGGCCUUUCCAUGAGCCAACUUCGAGAAAACUUUGAUGAAAAAGCUCCAGAUUCUAUAAAGAGUAAAUCAAACUUUGCACGGAUUUUUUUGGAAUAUUGUUGCUUCAUGGCUCUUGCCCGGACAAUACAAGUAGUUGGUUAUCUGGAUGACAGCAACUUUCGACGUCUUACAUUUGACAUGAUGGUUGCCUGGGAGUUUCCUGCAGCUACCAGUGAACCAGUUAUCCAUUUGGAUGAUGAUGUUACCAUUGGAGUUGAAGCUUUUUCUCGGAUUGCUCCAGCGGUUCCUCUUAUUGCCAACGUUAUUGUCAGCGAUAAAAUAUUUGAGGUGCUUGCAGCUUCAUCUGGUGAUCGGCUUCAUUUCUCGGUCUAUGAUAAGUACCUAAUUCGCUUGGGAAGGGGAAUUAGAAAGUUGCAGUCCCAAUCGGAAUCUUCUCUGCUUUCUUCUUUUCGGUCUGGAAGAAGUGAAAAAAUCCUGGAAGUGGAUGGAACUGUCACCACUCAGCCUGUUCUUGAACACGUGGGUGUUUCCACAUGGCCUGGAAGGUUAACUCUGACCGACCAUGCUCUGAUAUUUGAAGCUCUUCGAGUAGUCUCUUAUGAUAAACCUAAGAUAUAUGAUCUCGCUGAUGAUUUACAGCAAGUUGUUAGACCUGAACUCACAGGGCCAUGGGGGACCAGACUUUUUGACAAGGCUGUCUUCUAUAAGUCAGUUACACUUUCGGAACCUGUUGUGAUGGAGUUUCCAGAGUUGAAAGGUCAUACACGCCGUGACUAUUGGUUGGCUAUUAUCCGUGAAGUUCUAUACGCCCAUAGAUUCAUGUUGAAGUUUCGGAUCAAUGGUCGUGACAGACACGAAGUUCUACUGAGAGCCAUAUUUGGGAUAGUGCGGCUGCAAGCCCUCAAAGAAUUGAGUUCUACAGUACCUCUGUGCUGUGAGGUUCUCCUUAUGUUUAAUCUUUGUGACCAGCUUCCACGUGGAGACCUGAUUCUUUUAGAACUUUCAAAAAUUUUAACCACAAGAGAUAUGGAUCGAAAAAUUGCUGUUAAAUCGGGAACUGGGAUGUAUUCAAUAUCUGCCUCGUCUCUGGCUUCUAAUUUGGGAUUCAUCAUGGGGACAAAUUCCGGCAUGUCUAACGACGGUGGAUUGGUGGUUGGAGAAGUUGCUGUUGGGGAGAUGACGUCUUUGGAGAAAGCUGUUAAAGAAGCAAAAAGCAGCUAUGAAAACAUAGUGCUUGCACAAGCUACAGUAGAUGGUGCUAAAGUCGAGGGCAUUGACACCAACUUAGCUGUGAUGAAGGAACUGCUUUCUCCCAUUAUGCAAAUGUGGAAGUGGCUCACUUUUCUUCUCUACUGGGAAGAACCUCUUAAAUCCUUCAUGUUCUGUUCAGCCUCCACAUAUAUCAUAUGCAGAGGAUGGAUGAGCUAUAUGAUCGUGAUAUUGCUCAUCUGUGUUGUGCUUUUCAUGUUGCUUACCCGUUACUUUGGCCAAGGAAAGCCUGUUGAUGAACUCAAGGUAUCAGCACCACCUGCGAUGAACGCAAUGGAACAGCUUUUGGCUGUUCAAAAUGCAAUUUCUCAAGCUGAAGAGUUAAUACAGGAUGGCAACAUUUUUCUUCUCAAAUGUCGUGCCUUACUAUUGUCCAUUUUCCCAAAGGCGACCGAGAGAUUUGCUGCUGCACUUUUGGUGGUGGCUUUGGUUGUGGCUUUUGUACCUAUUAAAUAUAUUGUCCUGUUGGGUUUCUUGGACACGUUUACUAGAUACUCGCCAAUUCGAAGAACCAAUACAGAAAAAUGGAUGAGAAGAUUAAGGGAUUGGUGGUUUAGCAUACCUGCAGCCCCCGUCUCUCUUGAGAGAAUCAACGAAGAUAAGAAGAACAAGUAA